CAUCGCAGAAGAGGGUGUUUCACUUCAGACGGGCGCAGAGCCACGUAUAUAUAAACCCCGGAGCAGCAGCCCGGGAGGAUUGUUUAGCACAACCACACCUCGGCUCACUUGGCAGCACGGCGAGGCGCUGCCCGGAGUGCCGGCGGCUGAACCCCGAAGAACACGAGCGUGGAACUGAUCUGCCCAUGGGCUCCCGCCGGCUGCUCAUACUGAUGCUGCUUCAGGCAGUUUGGAAAGGUCCUCUGGGAAAAUCGCAUUCACUGCACACUCGAGGAAUCAUUGAACUGGCUGGAGCUAUAUCGUGUGGCACGGGACGGUCUCCCUUGGCAUACAUUGGCUAUGGAUGCUACUGUGGACUGGGAGGACGAGGCUGGCCUAGAGAUAAAACAGACUGGUGCUGCCACACGCACGACUGCUGCUACGACAAGGCAGAGAAGGCAGGCUGCAGCCCCAAGGUGCAGCGCUACCGCUGGGCGUGCGAGCAGAACACCGUGCGGUGCGAUAACCUGACAGACCAGUGUGAAAAAAUGGUGUGCCUGUGUGACCAAGAAGCAGCCAAGUGUUGGGGAGCAGCCCCAUAUAACCCACACUUCGUCCUCUGGCCAGAUUUUUUAUGUGGACAGACUCAUCCCACCUGCCAUGUCAGAUAUGGGGGGCCAGAAUAGUCUUUUUAGAACCUUUCUGCUAACCCUUUGAAUAAAAAGGUGCUGGAAUAAAAUUUUUCUUCUAUUUCCAGAGC